GGGCGGAGCCGCGCGGUGUGGUCCUCCACGGCUGAGGCGCGUUGGGCGUUGCGGGAAGAGCGCGGCCUGCGGGCCCGGCGAUUCAGCCGCUUGGCCCGGCCGGCCGUGGCCGCCGCUGCUCGAACGCACUGAGGUACCGGCCGGGUGUCGGCCGGCGGAGCGGUGACCGGCGCGCCCACGCCUAUGCGUGCGCGCCCCUCGGGGACGUGCGCGCGCGCGCCGGCGCGGGACCGCGUGUGAACUUGCACCGGACUGUCCGGCUGCUGUCAGCGCUCACCGCCCGGCCAGCGCGGCCUGAUGCUCUGCCACUCUGGUCGGUGCCAGCGUUUUCGCCGCUGGACCCCGAGAGCGCGGCGGCCGGGUCGCUGAGGGCGCGGGGCCCCGGGGCUCGAGACCGGGACCGGGACUCCUGCCUCCCGCGAGACUCCGCGGACCGGCCCCGGGACCCCCGCGCCCCCCGCGCCCCGGGACUGCACGUGCGCCCUAGGACCCCACUCCCUCCACGCGCCCUCUGGCUGUAAGGGUCCGCGCCCGGGCCGCGCCGCCACUUGUUGAACCAACGUGGGUGUCGCCUGUCCGAGCUGCGGUCGUCCCCGCGGCUCGUGCGCUGGUCCUUUCGGAGCGAGAGGAGCAGGAAGUCCGAGGUGACACACUGCGUUAGGGGAGCUUCCAGGGUGGCCCGGGCGACGUGGAAGGCCGGACCCUCCCAGCGACCUGUGCACGGCGGCUGCACACAGCGCAGGGCGCCGGAGCUGCAGGAGGCCUCGGAGAUGGACCGCUCGCCUGCACAGUGGUGGUGCGGCCGGGAGGGCUAGCGCCCGGCCCGCGGCGGCCCGGACCGGCUGAGCCCCAUGUCCCGGAGCCCCCGAGCCCGUUGGUGCGGACGCGGCCGCCCUGACCAUGGUCACGCUCAUCACUGAGAAGCUGCAGAGCCAGAGCCUGGACGACCUCACCCACAGGAGCUGCGAUGCCGGCCCGCGUUCUGCCGAGAAACGCAGCAGCAGCAGCGGCCCCUCGACGCCUUUCGAGACCCGCGAAGACGGGAGCCCCUGGAAGGCCCUGAGUGGAGGACUGCCCAGCAGAAGCCAGGCCCCUGCGGGCCCCACGCUCCCCUACCUGCUGGGCCCCUGCGGCGUGAGCGUGGGCCAGGGCACAGUCAGUGUGGGGGACCUCAGGGAGAGCUCCGGGCCGCCCUCGGCCCCGCCCAGCAAGCGCCACUGCCGCUCCCUGUCGGAGCCGGACGAGCGGGCCCGGUGCCGGUCCCCGUGGCGCCCCGGCGGCUCCAGGGUCUGGACCGCCGUCUCCAAGCGGCGGUGCCACAGCGGCGGGAGCUCCUGCCUGCCGGGGGGCGCCUGCCCUGCGGCCGGUCCCAGCUCACCACCGCCUGGGCCCCGGCCGGCCUCGGCCAGCAGCGGCGUCCUGGACCGCAGCGGGGCUGGGCCAGGCCCGCCCUGGUGCCGCCGUCUGUCCCUGUCGCAGGAGCACCUGGCCCACGCGGACUCGUCGCCCGAGCGGGGCUGGCGCGUGGGCCUGCCGCGGAGCCGCUCGCAGCCCUGCGUGCUCGUCGGCGGGAAGAGCCGGCUGAAGCGCCGGCGGGACGAGGACCCCCGGUGGCCGCGCCCGUCCUUGGACUUUCUGAAGAUGACGCGGACACUGAAGAACUCCAGAAGCCUUGGCUCCCUCGAUGGCGACGGGGAGGAUGACGACGGCCCCAGAGCGGAGACGGCCGUGUCAUGCCCACGGGAGCCACAGGAGCCACACGGCCUCGCCACCCCAGGCCCCAGCCCCUGUGGCCCUCGGGAGCCGGUGGCCAGCGAGGGCAGGGGUGGCGGGGACCCGAGCGCCUGGGGCAGCGCCGGGGAGGAGGGCGUCCUGCCGCUGGACCCCGGGGCGCUGGACCUGGAGCAGAUCGAGAACAACUGACCCGCGGGGGCGGGGCCACCGCCGUCUGCUCCAUUCGGGGUGCGGACUGGACCCGGCUACGUGGUGUUUUG